UAGAAGUGGCCCGCGGGAACGCGUCUCUCGGGCUCUGUCUCGUGUUUCGUGCGUGGGCCCCUUAAGUGGGCCGGGUGCCGCGCGGGGGGAGGAGGGACAGGAGAGGAAUUUCGGGAUAUUCCUUUGUCUGCGCGCUAUUUAGUUGGCGGCCGCGGCGCGCGGGGUCACAUGGUCCUGUGCUGAAGCGAACGGGUUAAUGGCGAGUGGCGCUUUUGUUUGACGGCCAGAAAAGAGGGAAAAACGGCGUGGAGCAUCACUGCCACUCCGAAGCGGGACAAGGGAGCAACGUGAGCAAAUUCGACUAGAAGUGAAAGACUCAUCCAAGAGGCACCAUGAGCUGGAGUUUCCUUACCCGGCUGCUGGAUGAGAUCUCCAAUCACUCCACGUUUGUGGGGAAGAUCUGGUUGACUAUGCUCAUUGUGUUCCGCAUCGUGCUCACUGUGGUGGGUGGGGAGUCCAUCUACUACGAUGAGCAGAGCAAGUUCACAUGCAAUACGGGCCAGCCUGGUUGUGAGAAUGUGUGCUAUGAUGCGUUUGCACCCCUCUCGCAUGUCAGGUUCUGGAUCUUUCAGGUGAUAAUGAUCACAACGCCCACGAUCAUGUACCUUGGGUUCGCCAUGCACAGAAUUGCCCGCAUGAAUGAUGAUGAAUACCGCCCACGGGGGAAGAAUUUAACCAUCAACAGGCGUACUAAUCGUGCAUAUGAGGAGAUGGAGGACAAUGGUGAGGAAGAUCCUAUGAUUGUGGAGACCACUGAGGUUGAAAAAGAGAAGAAUCAGCCAUCUGCAAAGAAGCAUGAUGGCCGCCGCAGGAUCCAGAGGGAUGGCUUAAUGAAGGUGUAUGUAUUGCAGUUGGUGGCACGUGUGGCAUUUGAGGUGGGCUUCCUGUUUGGCCAGUAUAUCCUGUAUGGGUUUGAAGUGGCCCCCUCCUAUGUGUGCACACGCAGUCCAUGUCCCCACACUGUAGACUGCUUUGUCUCAAGGCCAACGGAGAAAACCAUCUUUCUGCUCAUCAUGUAUGCAGUCAGUGGGCUCUGUCUCCUCCUCACCCUACUGGAGAUGCUGCACCUGGGAAUAGGUGGAAUUCGAGACUCGUUCCGUACUCGCACUCCUCGCCGUGGGGCAUCCUCCAGGCAACAAGCCUCGCUCUGCCGCCCCAUGGCCUCAGCCCCUCCUGGCUAUAGCACAGCAAUGAAGAAAGGUCCAACAGGGAAGAUGGCCAGCAACCUUAAGGCAGAUUUCCGUGACAACCUGGUGGACUCCGGCCGUGACAAUUUUGGGGACGAGUCAUCUUCCCGUGAGCUGGAACGCCUCCGUCGGCACCUGAAGCUGGCCCAGCAGCACCUGGACCUGGCUUAUCAGAAUGAGGAGAGCAGCCCAUCUCGCAGCAGCAGCCCAGAGUCCAACGGUACUGCAGUGGAGCAGAACCGAUUGAACUUUGCACAGGAGAAGCAGGAAGCAGCCUGCGAUAAAGGUAUCAGAGCCUGAAUCUUCUGUUGUGCUGUACUGUCUGCUGAUGCCAUCUACCAAACUCAUUCCAUGGAAGGAGAAGCAUAUUACAGAAGAGCUGCUGAACAGCUGGGGACACUGAAUAUUGUGUGGCUUUGUGUAUCAAGAGUGCAAUGCAGGGCGUUGGUUUGUACCAGAGGCUGAAAGCUUGCCUUACAGUAUUAAGGCCAGUGACUAUCAGGACAAUGCAAAAAUAUUUCUUCAUGCAGAAGAGGUCAUCCUGAAGUACCAAAGCACAGUCCUGGAAUGUGUUCUGCAUAGGCAUGUUACUGGACCACUUGCACUCCCUGGGACAGCCCUGCUGCUGCCACUGAUUUGUGUGCAGGACUUGAGCAGUUUCUUCCCACUCACUGUUGCAUGGUGCAGAGGGAUGUGGUCUCAACCUGGUGUUUACAUUUUAUAGCCAUUCCAGAAAGGUUGAUUCGGUGUCGGCCUUCUCCAAAACCUGGACUUCAUGCAUAGGUGUCAUUUUGGAAUUUGCUGAAAACCAUCACAAAUAUACUUGGUAGCUGUCAACUAUUCAAGGGCUUCUAACACGCUGAUUCCGACUCUUAGGGGUUGGACACCCGGCUUCAGUUAUGCAAUCCAUCCUCAGCCCCUCGUUGCAAAUCUUUAUUUUUCUGUAGCAUUAGCACUGCAGCCUACUGCACAGUUUGUAAUGACACAAGUAAAUCCUCUACAUCAAUUUUUAAAAGGCUAAUAGUUGAUUUUGAGCGCAAGAAACAAACCUGGGAAAUGCUUGAAUAUCUUGGUUAUUCUCAACAUUAUUCCACACUGUCUUCCCCCCCUUGUGUGAGGUUUGUCUCGCCAGUGUUUCUCCAAUUUUUGGAUGCGAGUGUAGUUUUCUUCUGAGCCGUAGAUUACAUGACUGGGCAUUCUCUAAAUUGUCUUAAGUGCACAACUUUUGUGCCAUCUUUUUUUGGUUGCAGGAAAACUUGCAAAGGAGGAAAGUAGAUUGAAAUGCAAAGUAAAUCAUUUUUAUGCAGGUAAAUGGGUUGUGUAUGGGCAGUAUGAUCAGAUCAGUCUUACCAGGAAUUUGCACAGUGAAACCUUGAGAUUAUUUCCGUUUUUCCUUCCUGAGGACCAAUUAUUAAAAUUCCGAUGGCAGUAAUUAGUUUUCUCUGCUACAGAAUAGUUCAAGUAAUUCUAAUUGAUCACAUCCUAAAAUGAUUGGGCUUGUAUUAAUGCAAGUUUGUUUACUAAGGUGUAGAAU